CAAACUCUUUUAUUACUCUUAAUCUAAUACCCCACCCCACCCCACCUACCCCCCCCCCCAAAAAAAAACGCUCAAAACAACAACUUAAAUUCCUUUCACUUGCAUGUAAUAUUCUUAAGAAGUGUAGCAAAAUCAAAACUCCCAUUUCUCCAAAAACACUUUUCAUUUCUUACAAGUUAACAUACUAUAUUUAGUCACAUACACUCAUACUAAGGAAGAAAAAAGAAGAAGAAGAAGAAGAAAUUCACAUUCAAAAGGUUUUCACAAGCAAAUCUCUUACACAUGUCGCGAUUUGUGAUUUUUCUCUUAUUUUUUGUGGUGGCUAUACCUAUAACCAAUGGACUAAACCAACGAAAACUCGAUGAGGGUGAAAAUAAAUGUGGAGGUUGUCCUUGUAACAAACCUUGUAUUCCACCUUCUCCUCCACCACCACCACCGUCAUCACCGCCGCCGCCGCCGCCAAAGAAACCACCAAGUGGCUAUGAUUGCCCUCCACCUCCUUAUUCCGGUGGCGGCGGCGGUGGAGGUGGUGGUGGUUCAAAUAUUCCCUAUCCUCCAAAUUCACAAUACAUAUAUAUGACUGGUCCACCUGGCAAUUUGUACCCCGUUGACCAUGAUUUUGGUGGUGCAAAAAGAAGCUUUUCUAGUGGAUUUUCACUUUUAAUUGGUGGAUUUUUCUUGGGAUUGUUUUAUUUUUGGUGAAAUUCAACAUCAAAUCAAAUAAGAGGAAGAAGCAGCAAAUUUAAGAGAUCAAUAAUUUUAGUGGCUAUGAAUAUUCUAUAUAUGUUAUAAGGUAAAUUGGUCUUUAAUUAAUUGGCUGUAAUCUUGAUAUAUUCAUGUGUUUCAUAACCUUAUAAUUUUUCUUCCACUUUUUUUUUUUUUGGUAAAAUCAAAUCGUCAAACCUUAAUCGAGAGAUAUAUUAUCAUCUGUUCA